AUGUAUGCCUAUGAAACAGAUUGUAGCGUUGCGUUCAAUUAUGUUUCAGUGGCAGCACUUUAUCGAUUACAGCUACGCAUCGUGCCAAUGGUUAUGAAUGCCAGAAAUGGUUAUUCACCAAAGAUGAACCAUAACGGACUUUUGAGACGCCUUCUUAUUUCAACUAUGUCUAACAACACGUUCGUAACUGCACUUCCUUAUGCAACUGGCAGCAGUCCAUACUCAGUGGCAGUCGUCGAUGUCAAUAACGACAACAAACCCGAUAUAGUUACCGCUAACUAUGGUGCAAACAAUGUCAGUGUUCUUCUUAAUAAUGGCAAUGGAACCUUUUCUUCUCAAACUACUUAUGCAACUGGCACUCAACCAAUCUCAGUGGCAGUCGUCGAUGUCAAUAAUGACAACAAAUCUGAUAUAGUCACCGCUAACGCUGGUUCAACUACUGUAAGUGUUCUUCUUAAUAAUGGCAAUGGAACCUUUUAUGCUCAAACUACUUAUGCAACUGGCACUCAACCAUACUCAGUGGCAGUCGUCGAUGUCAAUAAUGACAACAAACCUGAUAUAGUUACCGCUAACAAUGGCUCAAACAAUGCCAGUGUUCUUCUUAAUAAUGGCAAUGGAACCUUUUCUUCUCCAACUACUUACGCAACUGGCACUCAGCCAUACUCAGUGGCAGUCGUCGAUGUCAAUAAUGACAACAAACCUGAUAUAGUGACCGCUAACGCAGGUACAAGUACUGUCAGUAUUCUUCUUAAUAAUGGCAAUGAAAUCUUUUCUGCUCAAACUACUUACGCAACUGGCACUCAGCCAGUAUCAGUGGCAGUCGUCGAUGUCAAUAAUGACAACAAACCCGAUAUAGUCACCGCUAACUUUGGUCCAAGUACUGUCAGUGUUCUUCGUAAUAAUGGCAAUGGAACCUUUUCUUCUCCAACUACUUAUGCAACUGGCACUCAACCACGAUCAGUGGCAGUCGUCGAUGUCAAUAAUGACAACAGACCCGAUAUAGUCACCGCUAACGGAGGUGCAAGUACUGCCAGUGUUCUUCUUAAUAAUGGCAAUGGAAUCUUUUUUUCUCAAAUUAGUUAUGCAACUGGUACUCAACCACGAUCAGUGGCAGUCGUCGAUGUCAAUAAUGACAACAAACCCGAUAUAGUCACCGCUAACGGAGGUUCAAGUACUGUCAAUGUUCUUCUUAAUACUGGCAAUGGAAUCUUUUUUUCUCAAACUAUUUAUGCAACUGGCAGUCAGCCAUACUCAGUGGCAGUCGUCGAUGUCAAUAAUGACAACAAACCCGAUAUAGUCACCGCUAACGGAGGUUCAGCUACUGUCAGUGUUCUUUUUAAUACAGGUACUGAGACCUUUUAUGCUCAAACUACUUAUUCAACUGGCGGUCUACCAUUCGCAGUGGCAGUCGUCGAUGUCAAUAAUGACAACAAACCCGAUAUAGUUACCGCUAACAGUAGCCCAAACAAUGUCAGCGUUCUUCUUAAUAAUGGCAAUGGAACCUUUUCUUCUCAAACUACUUAUGCAACUGGCUCUCAACCACAAUCAGUGGCAGUCGUCGAUGUUAAUGGUGACAACAAACCCGAUAUAAUUACCGCUAACUAUGCUGCAAACAAUGUCAGUGUUCUUCUUAAUAAUGGCAAUGGGACCUUUUCUUCUCAAACUACCUAUGCAACUGGCAGUUCACCACGAUCAGUGGCAGUCGUCGAUGUUAAUAGUGACAACAAACCCGAUAUAAUUACCGCUAACAGUGGUGGUAUCAAUGUCAGUGUUCUUCUUAAUACUGGCAAUGGAACCUUUUCUUCUCAAACUACUUAUGCAACUGGCAGUACACCACGAUCAGUGGCAGUCGUCGAUGUUAAUGGUGACAACAAACCCGAUAUAAUUACCGCUAACUAUGGUGCAAGUACUGUCAGUGUUCUUCUUAAUACUGGCAAUGGAACCUUUUAUGCUCAAACUACUUAUGCAACUGGCACUAAUCCACAAUCAGUGGCAGUCGUCGAUGUCAAUAAUGACAACAAACCUGAUAUAGUUACCGCUAACUAUGGUGCAAAUACUGUCAGUGUUCUUUUUAAUACAGGUACUGAGACCUUUUAUGCUCAAACUACUUAUUUAACUGGCGCUCAACCAUACGCAGUGGCUGUUGUCGAUGUCAAUAAUGACAACAAACCUGAUAUAGUUACCACUAACUGUGGCGCAAACGGUGUCGGCAAUACUUUUUUUCCUAUCCUCUUUUUUCGAAUUAAAUUGGGUAACAAGUGGGAUAUACUCUUUAAAAAACUAUCAAAAGAUGCGAAUAUNACUCAACCAUACUCAGUGGCAGUCGUCGAUGUCAAUAAUGACAACAAACCUGAUAUAGUCACCGCUAACUUUGGUGCACUUUCUGUCAGUGUUCUUCUCAAUACUGGUAAUGGAACCUUUUCUUCUCAAACUACUUAUGCAACUGGCUAUCAACCACGGUCGGUGGCAGUGGUCGAUGUCAAUAAUGACAACAAACCCGAUAUAGUCACUGCUAACGCAGGUACAAGCACUGUCAGUGUUCUUCUGAAUAAUGGCGAUGGAACCUUUUCUUCUCAAAUUACUUAUGCAACUGCCCUUCAACCAUACUCAGUGGCAGUCGUCGAUGUCAAUAAUGACAACAAACCUGAUAUAGUUACCGCUAACUAUGGUGGAAACGGUGUCGGCGUUAGUGUACACUGCUAUGUGUAG